AUGAAUACUUAAUUAAAACAAAUAUAUUCUGCCGAAAAAGUACAAAGGUUUGAAUUGUUAUUUCUGUAUCAUGACAAAGAGAUGAAAGGAUUCAUUAGUUCUAAGGGUAAAUUAGAGAAGAUAUAUUAGAUUUGCCAUUCAUAUUGAGAGCAGCCGGUUUGCUGAUAUCUGAUAAAGAGAUAAAGGAUCUAUAAGUGAAGGAUAAGAUAAGCAAAGAUGAUUUUUUAAAGCUCUUGAUAUAGUUAAAGGACAAGAGACCUGUAAAACAGGAGAUAGAAGCUAGUGUGAAGGUAUUUGAUGAAAACAACACAGGAUUUAUUGAUACAAAGGAAUUGAUGGGAAUUGUGUAAUAGAUAGGAGACGAAUAGGUUGAGAAGGAUUUCUAGUUAAUAUUAAAUAGUGUAAAAGGGAAAGAGAAUUCGGUUGCAAUCGACGCUUUAGUUAAUCUAUUGAUGAAAGAAUGA